CUGAAGUAAGUGAAGUUGAAUUCGAAUUAGCAAAAGAUUUAUUAACAAAACUACUUGAUAAAGAUGCAACUACUAGAAUUGAUAUUCCAGACAUUAAAAAUCAUCCUUUUGUCUUAAUGGAUCUAGAAGAAGAUUUAGAUCUGUUGAAUGAAUUAUUUUUCUUGAAUGAUACUAAUGGUGGGAAUUUACUCAAUGAAGAUGCCGUUUCCAAAAUUGAUUUAACUAGUGGUGGAGAUAUUGUUCUGCAAAGCGAAAUAGAUAAUGCUGUAGUUGGGGUCGGUAGUAAAAUCAAAAAAAGUAUUGUCGAAGCUAUAAAAUCAAAAGAUAGUAAGGCUAUUAAAGAUUUUGCCCAACGUAUGGAAAACUCUUAUAGUUCUUCAAGUGGUGAGGACUCAGCUUAUGAUUCCAAAAAAAAUUCUUAUUCUGCUUUACAGAGUGCAAAUAGAAGUGAGUAUUCUGUCAUCCUUUCAGAAGCUUUACAGACUUCAACACCCCCUCGCUCCAUCUCACCGGCUGGUCGCCCCAAUUUAUUCGGGCGUCAAGGAUCAAGUAAUUUUGAUCCAUUUACCUCGGCUCCACAUGUACCUUCAGGAUUAUCGUCUCAGCAACACGCUGACAGCCUAUCUUCUAUCGAAUCGCCCCAAGCCCCUAAGGGUCAGAGACCAAGUAAUAUACUCUUACAAGAGGUUAUAGAAUCACAUAGUCCUGCAACUAGUAGAAGAGGGUCGUCAGCUGGCUUGACAGAAGCUCCACAGAUUGAAACCAAACGAAAUGUUGGUGGUGAUUUAUAUCUAAAAAACCAGUCAAUCGUGGAUACUUUUAAAGGAAUUCAACAACAGGAUGAUAAAAGAAGAAGGUCUAGCAUUUUUUCAAAUGGCUCGAUUCCACAGCGUUCGCGUCACUCGUCUAUUGCUGGCUCUGAUGAUCCAACAUCUAGCCGUAUUCGUGUGAUGCCUCCUACGUCACCCCAAAAUAUUCCUCAAGAAAACCGUUUGAAAGUAAGUGGUCUUGAUAUCGCGCCCGAAGGCAGACCUCAUUCUCUAAUAUCUUUGCCUUUAUCUGAAAGUUUUGCUUCUUUGGAUAGUUUCAAUGAUGAAUAUCUCACAUUUAAAUAUCAUGAGGUAAAUUCGAAAAAACAAUUCCUGAAUAAUUUAAAGAAAGAUAAUGACGUCAGCAAUUCAGAUCCAAGCUUUCUCACCACAAAAGAACAAAAUGAUGCCUCAAGUGCUAUCAAUACAAUUAAUGAAAAAUUUCAAAAAUUUGAUUUGAACUCGCUGAUGAACGCUCGCGGCGUCAAAUUCAACAUGGAAGGACCAUCCACUGAUGCAAUUGGCCCUAAGAAAUUUCAAAAAUUUCCAAAUUCAUAUUCAUCAUCAUCUUCAUCUGUUUCCAGUAGUGAAAGCGGAAGUGGAAGUGGUAGCGAUAGUGAAGAUGAAGGGGGAAAUUUAACUUUGAAAUUUUCUUCAAAAGUAACUCCAAAAUCGGGGCCUCCGUUCCUAUCUUUGAGCAAUAGAGCAAAAUCUCAUGAUUCAAACUUGCCUGACUUGAUGAGACACAGUUCAGCACAUUAUAGUAAUGUAAAUCCUGUUAUAUUUCAAGAUAAUGUUCCUGAAUAUGCUGAUGUACCUGCUUCACUAAUGUCAAAUGUUCCAAAAGGUAACUCCCAGGCGAUGGAUCCAACUGUGUCUGUUGUUUCCAGUAAUGGUUCAAGUAUAACAUUGACUCAGGAUGGUGCAAAACUCAAUACUCAAAGUAAUACCAGAAACCCUUCCAAUUUGCACACGUCUUCUCCAGUAUCCAGAAAUAAUGCUUUUCAAUCAGAUGACAAAUCAGCCGGUCAAAAAUCCAAGGAAAUUCCUUCACAUAGAAAGCAAGUAUUAGAUAAAGCCAAUAUUAGGCAGCCGUCUCCGCUUGUCAAUAAUGCACCACAGUCUGCUAUAGCAACGACGAAUUCUCAUUUGAUUCCUUCAAUAUCAAAAGAUAAAAUUAGAGACAACUUGUUUAAUAAUCAUUAUAAUAAUCAUUAUAAGAAGGAUCCGGUAAAAUAUCCGUUCCCCAAAGCUCAUCACUUAGAUAAUGACAAGGAAACGGUCAUGAAGCAAUCGGCUCGCGAGGAUGGUAUCAACAGACCCGCAUAUUAUCGCUCAAAUUCUGUUACGGUUGGUUUGAUUCAACGUAAUAACGAUAGCUUUGGGAGUGAUGAUGACGACCAAACAUAGAGCCUGCCUACAUAAGCAUACGUGUGAAUUAGUAAUAUUGUAAUAGUAUAGACCUUUCUCUACAAAAUUCUGAUUAAGUCGAAAACGUAGCAUGUAUUGUUGUAUAUAAAGAACUCAAAACCAUAGAAAAUAAACCUUAAGAGUGAUUCAAGCCAUAAACUUC